CACUCUCCCCAUCCCCCCGCAUAGUUUAUUCAAUUCCCCUUGUCAGUUCCGUCGCCUCCGCGCCGGAGACAGCUCGCUCGCUACCCGCACGUUUCCGGACGAUCAGCCCGGCUCCCGACACGUCCCUCUCCUCCCCCCUCCCUGCGAAACGCGCGCGGAGGCAGAGCAGAGCGUUUCCUCUGUUUCGGGCAUGUCGUCUCGCGCCGCCGCCGACGCCACGGUGGCGUGCGGGGAUGCCGACGGCGCCGGCGAGGAGGCGCUCCUCACGGCGCCCCUGCUCGCCCCCGAGGCCGUGGCGGGCGAGCUGCCGCCGCCGGUGCUGCUCGCGCGCAAGCCGCGGGGCCGGCUCGCCAGGGCGGUGAAGGAAGCCUGGUCCGUGUCCCUGUCCGUCACAUUCCCCAUGGCGCCGUCCGUGUCGGCGGCCGCGGCGGGCGCGGAGGCGCGCUCCAUCCUGGGGCUCGCGCUGCCGAUGAUCCUCACGGGCCUGCUGCUCUACCUCCGCUCCAUGAUCUCCAUGCUCUUCCUCGGCCGCCUCGGCGGGCUCGCGCUCGCCGGGGGCUCCCUCGCCAUCGGCUUCGCCAACAUCACGGGGUACUCCGUGCUGUCGGGCCUCGCCAUGGGGAUGGAGCCCAUCUGCGGGCAGGCCUUCGGCGCGGGCCACUACGGGCUCCUCGGCGUCACCACGCAGCGCACCGUGCUGAUGCUCCUCGCCGCUGCCGUGCCCAUCGCCGGGCUCUGGGCGCACAUGCGGCCCCUGCUCCUGCUCUGCGGCCAGGACGCGGGCAUCGCCGCCGCCGCCGAGACCUACAUUCUCGCCUCCCUCCCGGACCUGCUCCUCCAGGCGCUCCUCCACCCCGUCCGCAUCUACCUCCGGACGCAGUCCAUCAACCUGCCUCUCACCCUCUGCGCCGCGCUCGCCAUUGCGCUCCACCUGCCCAUCAACUACGUGCUCGUCUCCGUCCUCGGGCUCGGCAUCCGGGGGGUGGCAUUGGCCUCCGUGCUGGCAAACUUGAACCUCGUCCUCUUCCUCUUCGCAUACAUCCUGUUCAGGGGCGUGCACCGGCGCACCGGCGGCCUCGCGCUCUCGGCCGAGAGCUUCCGCGGCUGGGGCGAGCUCGCCGGCCUCGCGCUGCCGAGCUGCGUCAGCGUCUGCCUCGAGUGGUGGUGGUACGAGAUCAUGAUCCUGCUGUGCGGCCUGCUCGCCAACCCGCAGGCGACGGUGGCCAGCAUGGGCAUCCUCAUCCAGACCACGUCACUCAUCUACAUCUUCCCUUCCUCGCUCGGCUUCGGCGUCUCGACGCGCGUCAGCAACGAGCUCGGCGCGAACCGCCCCGACCACGCGGCCCGCGCGGCGACGGUCGGCCUCAUGCUCGGGUUCGCGUUCGGCGGCGUGGCGUCCGCGUUCGCGUACCUCGUGCGGGGCGCCUGGGCGGCCAUGUUCACGGCCGACCCGGCGAUCGUCGCGCUCACCGCGUCCGUGCUGCCCAUCCUGGGCGCCUGCGAGCUCGGCAACUGCCCGCAGACCGCCGGCUGCGGCGUGCUCCGGGGCAGCGCGCGGCCCAAGGACGCCGCCAGCAUCAACCUCCGCUCCUUCUACCUGGUGGGCACGCCCGUGGCGCUCAUCCUCGCGUUCUGGUACCACUACGACUUCCAGGGCCUGUGGCUGGGCCUCCUCGCGGCGCAGGCGGCCUGCGUGGUGCGCAUGCUGCUGGUGAUCAGCCGGACGGACUGGGCCGCCGAGGCCAAGCGAGCGCAGCAGCUCGCCGGAGCGGGAGGCGCGGUGGAGACCAAAGAAGGCAUGGAAGUUGGAGCAGCCAGGGAAGACGACGAGCCGGGCAUGCCUAUCGUCGUAGUGAUCGAGCGACCAAAGGAUCAGUGCUGAACUGCUGACACAGCGCAACCGUGUGUGCCAUUCGACAUUUCGAGCCAUUCUUUUGUCAAAAAUUUUGGCGGGAGGGGAACGAGAGGCUGACAGAGUGAAAUUUUGUUUUCAAUUGGUUAUUUGUAAAUGAUAUCUUUUUUAUUUUUUGAUGGAUAUUAUAGAAGAUGAGAGCA